AUGGCGUUCGGGAAGGCGAACCAGCCGAGCUUCAACCUCUUCACUGGGGUGGAAGAGUCGCCUCCUCCCGAACCGUUGCGCCAAACAUUCCGCACAACAAUGCGCGCCUCGACAAUGACGAAUGCGCCGCACACCGUCGUUCCCGACAACCCCGUCAACGAGGACCUACGCGCACAGCUGAACACACUGCGCUAUGAGCUCGAGACCGCGAAACAGGAAAAGGCAAUGCUCAAGCUCGAGCUCGACCAGGAGAUUAGAGACGCGCAAAGCCGCGCCGAAGCAGACUUCCGCAAAGCACAACAGGCGGAAGCAACGAACAGUCAGACAGCCAAGAAGUACGAGGCGCUGUCCAAGGAACUAUCCGAGGUCCAGACAAGAGCUGCGAACGAGCGGCAAGAUCUGGAGAGGCGACUGAGGCAAAGCCAGGAGAAGGCGCAGUCGUUGCAGGAGGACUAUGACGAGGUCAAAGACGACCUAGCGACAUCACAGCGGCAAAACGAGCACAAAUACAACAACCUACAGACCGAGCACCAGCGUUUGAAAGACAGCGUGGAAGAUGUACAGACGGACUUGGUGUCCAAGGUCAACGCGCUGCAGGCGGCGCAGAAGAAGCUCGGAGAACGAGAGGAGGAGGUCGGCCAGCUCGAGGCGGAGGUGCUGCGUCUGAAGGCUAUUUCGGGAGAUGCCGAGACAUUAACCAUAAUCAAGAGAGAGUUGUCGGACCAGGUUGCGCACAUCCAGAAGCUGGAGGCCUUGACAAGAGAGCAGAAUGCUGAGCUCAGAAACUUCAGGAAGCAGCACAAAGCGAUUGAGGUGGUCGAAGAAGAGAAGAGAUCGCUUCAAACCAAGCUCCGCAUGAUGGACGAUCUGCAACGACAACUAGGAGAGGCUGAGAUGAGAAGGCAGGUGCUUGAGGAGGAGCGGGACUCGUGGACUUCAUACCUUGAGUCUGAAGGCAACGAAGAUAGCGAGCUCCAGUUCGAGACGCCUGAGGAUCUUGCGCGAGCCUUCAUCCAGGAGCGGAUAGAUAAGACGGACCUUUUGAACAAGCUAGGCGAGAUCAAGCCUGAGCUCACCGUAAAGGAAGCCAACGUACAAGCACUGGAAGAUGAGAAAGCCAAGCUGCAGGCCGAGAUCCAGCAACUCAAAAGCUCUGCGACGACGAACAUUGCGCCCAACGCAAAGGAAGCACAGGCCCGCGCCAGGCUGGAACGACAAAAGGCACUGGCGACCAAGGAGGUCGAGUUCCUGCGCGCCCAAGUCAAGGCGUUCGACGACGAAGCACGCGAGAUGCAACCCGACUCCUACGACGCAGCGAAGUCACAACGGAUAGCAGAACUCGAAGCCCUCGUGGAUGAACAUCGCAAAGAACUUGACACCCUUCAGAAAGAGUUCAACAGCAUCGAGAAGCUGACCCCAACCCCGACGACAGGGCAAAAGCGUCCUCUCGAUACGACCGAUGAUAACGACGAGCGUGUCGGCGAACUGCGCCGCAAGAACCGCCAAUUGACCGACGAUCUGAGCGCGCUGCAGAAGAGGAUGAAGCUCAUCGAAACAGAAUACAAGGCGCAACACUCGCAGCUCAAAAAACUCAAAGAAUCGUCCCGCACGCGCGUCCUCGAGCUGAAAUCCAACCCCACAGCCGACGCCGAAGCGCUCAAGCUCUCGACGGUGCGCACCCUGCGCUCAGCCAACGCACAGCUCCUCGCGCAGCUCGAGCAAGCGCAGCCGCCGCCCAAAACCGUGCCCUUUGCCACGUUCGAAGCCGCCCACGACGAGAUGGAGGAGCUGCGCCACGCGCUCGCCUCGUCGGAGAAGAAGCAAACACGCCUCAAGCAAAUCUGGGCCGCCAAGUCCCUCGAGUUCCGCGAAGCCGUCGCCUCGAUCCUCGGCUGGAAACUCGAUUUCAUGCCCAACGGCCGCGUCAAGGUCACGUCCAUGUUCAAGCCGGCCGACGACGAGGGCGAGAACAGCAUCGUGUUUGAUGGCGAGAACGGCACCAUGAAGGUUAGCGGCGGCGAGCAGAGCGUCUUUGCCGGCGAGAUUCGCGAUCAAAUUGUCUACUGGGUCGAGGGCAGGAAGGAGAUUCCGUGCUUUUUGGCGGCGCUGACUCUCGAGUUUUGGGAACGUGGGCCUGGCGCUGAGAUGACGAUGAAGCUGUAG